ACAGAAGUCUCUCGGUUUGGCUGGCAGGCUACGGAAGACAACUGAACACUACCAGUACCGAGUGAUUAUAUUAACCUCCAACUGUAACAAACCGACUAGUCUUUGUUUGAAAAAUAUUUCACAGUCCGUCGGGACUUGCUACACUCGCUCCCGCCUGGUUAAGACAGACUUAAAGUCGCGGCGCUCAAAUUUCGCCUGAAUAAAUAUCGGAUAAAUAAAGCGAAAUAACGGACACGGUUUGGGUGAGAUGUACGGUUAGUGUUACUGUGUUUUGAGGAGGGUGUCCAACACAGAGCUGUAGUUUCUCCUCAAGAGGCGAGGAAUGCAAUCUGAGCAUCAAUGUUUCACUGGGGCAAGUGGAAGAAGAGGAUGGGAGCCAAUAGUUCUUCAAAGAGACCAGUGUUCGAUGAAAAGGAAGAUGUAAACUUUGACCACUUCCAGAUAUUGCGGGCCAUUGGGAAAGGGAGCUUUGGAAAGGUAUGCAUUGUACAAAAGAGGGACACGGAGAAGAUGUACGCCAUGAAGUACAUGAACAAACAGCAGUGCAUAGAGAGAGAUGAGGUCCGAAACGUCUUUAGAGAGCUUGAGAUCCUACAGGAAAUUGAACAUGUUUUUUUAGUAAAUCUCUGGUACUCCUUCCAGGACGAGGAGGACAUGUUCAUGGUGGUGGACCUCCUGCUGGGAGGAGAUUUGCGCUACCAUCUGCAGCAGAGCGUCCAGUUCAGCGAGGACGCUGUCAAACUCUACCUCUGUGAGAUGACACUGGCGUUGGACUACCUGCAGAGCCAGCACAUCAUCCAUAGAGAUGUCAAGCCAGACAAUAUCCUGUUGGAUGAGCAAGGUCACGCUCACCUGACAGACUUCAACAUAGCAACAAUAAUAAAGGAUGGAGAGAGAGCCACAGCGUUAGCUGGAACCAAGCCCUAUAUGGCUCCAGAGAUCUUCCAGUCUUUUGUAAGUGGAGGAACAGGCUAUGCCUUUGAAGUAGACUGGUGGUCACUAGGGGUGACAAUCUUCGAAGUGCUGCGUGGAUGGAGGCCCUAUGACAUCCAUGCUAGUAAUUCUGUGGAGUCCUUGCUUCAGCUCUUCAGUACAGUCAGUGUCCAGUACAGCCCGGCCUGGCCCAAGGACCUGGUUUCCCUCUUGAGGAAGCUACUGACAGUGAACCCAGAGCAUCGUUUCUCCAGCUUGUCUGACAUGCAGACAUCUCCCUACCUCGCUGACGUCAACUGGGACGCUGUGUAUGAGAAGAAGAUGGAGGCCGGAUUUGUUCCUAAUAAAGGUCGCCUCCACUGCGACCCCACCUUUGAGCUGGAAGAGAUGAUUCUGGAGUCGCGCCCCCUUCACAAGAAAAAGAAGAGGCUGGCCAAGAACCGGUCUCGAGACAACAGCAAGGAUUCACAGUCUGAGAAUGACUACCUACAGGAGUGCCUUGAAGUGGUGCAGCAAGAGUUCAUGAUCUUCAACCGUGAGAAGUUGAAAAGGCGUCAGGAGGAGGGUCAGUCAGAGGCCGGGGGUGAUGAUGCCAGUGGAGACGGGGACGGAGAAGCUGAAGCCGGGGCCACUGACGAUGACGCACCUGAGCCAGAGCCCGACCCCGAGCCGGAGCCCGAGUCCUCCUCCAAGCUAAGCAUGUGCGGCUCAGUCUGCUCCUCCCCCGGCAGCUGCUAGCGCCACAUCGCCUCACAGUGACGAUCGCAGGUGUCUCUCUGGCUGCUGCCGUGUUUGUGCCAUGCCAAUAGAUACAUUCUCACCUCUCUCCUCUGUUGUAGCCAGGAGCGGAUGACACGCACAGCAGAGCGACUGAACGCACAGCAGGACCCAAAAAACGGCUCCCACCAUUUCCCCUCCUUGUUUUUUUUUCUGUAGCAUCCUCCUGGUAGGGCAUGAAUGAAGCAGAUCUCCAGAGAGUCCCCGCCUACUGUACCCAUCUGCCCUAGAGUAAGCUCUAACUUCUAUGCAACGUUACAGUAUAGCAUGACAAAUAAGGCAUCACUUACUAGGAGGUGUUGUUCACGAACAGAAAGCUCCACGAGCAUGAUGACAUCCCGAGCAAUAGCAGUCCACGGUUUUUGGGGGUCGGUGGUUUUGCUGGAGACGCCUUCCCUCUCAGCCUUCCUGUUGAAGAUCUGAUGGGGACGACUGAAUUAUUCAGCACAUGCAGGCAUUCAGUUUAUGUUGUUGCCUGCGUCUUCAGUUCACUCCCCCCAGCCUCUUUCAUGUAAUGUGUGCCCUAAUUCAGAGUAGUUUUUUCUCCUGGAGCACCUUCCUCCUGUUGCAACACCUUCCCGAGACACAUUUACAGUAAGUGUUCAUGGCUGGUUUCAGUCGGCCAAGACAGUGCGGCUGAUUUCAUGUUGUAAACCUGUUAAAAGUGGUGCCUGUUGAUGAUAAUCAGUAUUCAUUAAUCCCAUUGUAGCCAUGGAUGCAUUAUAGGUCAGAAUGUUAGUUCCCUCUUUAAGUGUUAGACGCCUGUUCUUUUUCCGAGCUUUUUUAGGAUGAUAAGGUACUGUUAUUAAUGGGGAAUCAGUACAGCAAUCAGAAUGAAAGGUUUUGCUUGUCACUGUGUCUGUAAUGGUUACCAAGAUGUAGUAUUUUAGCCCUGCACCGUGCUCUGACUCAUAGAGCACUCAGAAACUCUGCUCUGGGAAUUACUGUUAAUGCCAAUCACCCAAAAUCCCAUCUUUUAAGAAUCUAUUAGGAAACUCUUUUUCCUUCACCACACAUCAUCAUCUCUUUAAGUGCUUGGUUAGUAUAAAGAUCAUCUCCCUGUAGAGCUUGUUUCGGGGCUGUACUUAAUGUGUAGCUGUGCCCUGUUGGUACUUCAAAUUGUAUAGAUGAGCUAGUCUAUUACUGUCAUAGAGAUAGUGGUUCAUUUGAGGUGGUGCCGUUAAUCUCAGUCUGAACACCUGGGAACAUGUAGCAAAGGUUCACCUUAAAACCCUAAGGCCUAAUAAAAUGAAAACCAUGUAAAUAGCGUACAGUGUAGGUAAUUAAACUCACCACAGUUUUAUGUGGGACUGCGAACUCGACAUAUAAACUUAAGGAAGAGCUGCGUGAAGCCUCGUACUGCUUCGUUCCGCUCUUCUUUCCAAGUGUGCAGGCACAACUUGUAGGCAAAAUAUGCCAAAGCUUUUCUACCAUUUGCAUAACCAUUUCUAAGGAACUUUGAAUGUGUGAGUGUGUAUGUCUCUUUUUCCCAGUAUAACAUAAAGUCAGUGUUCCUUCUGCAAGUGAAAAUACUAUUAUUUAUACAGUCAUAUUGUGAUUAUGUAUAAAAGUAUCUAUUUCAGGUAAGGGGGGGAACUUAAAGUAAUAUUUUUGGGGGAAGUACGCCUAUUGGCUGGCUUUACAAGAAUUAUAUGAGAAGACUAAAACCAAUCUCAUGUUGACCAAGCUUAACAUAAAGACUGGAAGCAGGGUAAGCAGCUAGCCUGGCUCUGUCUGAGUCUAAAUUUCUUACCCGGAUCCCCUAAUGCUCACUAUGUAACAGGAUCUUCAGGAUCAAACAGUAAUGUAAAGAUGUAUUAAUCAAUUUUUAGCAGCCAUGGUGCAAUUCAUUUCCAGGAAUGCUACUCAGAAGUCCUGGAUGGGUAGAAAAAGUUAAUUCAUUCUGUUAAUUUGUGAGCUUUAUGCAAAGACAUCGGUAUGCUACAUUUGCAUAAAAUUGCCACCAGCCAGGCUACACGUAUUGUGACACUUCACACUUGUCACAAUGCGUGACCAAACCAUGGUUAAAAUGUAGUUUGAUAGAUGAUUCAGAUCAGUUUGAUCAGUCUGCUUUCAGUUGGCAGACCACUACAUUAGCUUGGCCAACAGUGGUCUAUUAUGGACCCCACUGCUUUCCUUGGCAAGUCCUGCCCUACUGUGCUGUGGUCGACUAGUACUUGUCACGUUGACAUUUCAAGGUUGGAGAUGAUUAGGGUUAAGCAUAGAGGUCAUAGUUAGGUCUAGUUCUUGUCAAUCAUAGCACAGUAGGGUAGUACUCGCCACGAGAGACAGUGGAAUGCGUAACAAGGCUCGGCUAGCAGUAAACAUGCUAGCAGAUUAGCCUGCUAACAUCAGUGCUAGCUUGGUCUCUUCUGACCAAGCUAGCACGUCAUCACGUUCUGACUCCCAACUUGUCAAAUACAGCAGCUUGAUCAGUGGCCCUGUGCUUCGAACUAUGAUACUCUAGGUAUGCCUCUAGAAUCAAUUUUGGAAGUCUCAGUUUCUAUGUCAGCAUUGGCUUGUUACAUGCUACAGUGUCUUUUCAAAAAAGGUUUUGGUUAAAACAACUAAAUUUGUAACAUAGCAGUAAAUUAAUAAGUAUGUCAUGUGAUGUGCACCUGUAUAUCACAUGACGUUUAUUAGGUGUGGCUAAAAAAAAACUUAGAAGUGACUUUUGGUUUCACACAGGACACAAACAACUGCCUCCUGGGUGACAGUCCCAUACAUGUUUAAAGCAUCAAACCUACUUGGAUGUUCUCACCCUUUCUACUACGUUAUUGCUGCGGAUGGGUUUACACUGAAGUUAGUUGAAAGCCUGUUGCAUCUUAUACAGAUGCUAAAGGGUGCCUGGUGCGUAUCAGAAGCCAAGGGCCAUUGACCAGGCUGCUGAUUUGAUGCCCUGGGAAUGAGAACAGGUUGGCCAUAUGACCAUUGUCUUGUAAGUUGCAGUGGCUCAUCUGGUUACGGUCCUUUUGCUAAGCUAGGCUAAUGUCCUGUGAGUUGCAGCUUCAUACUUGACGCACACACAUGAGGGUGGUAUUUAUUUUCUCAUGUCACUCUCAGAAGGUAAGCAAAUAAGCAUAUCACCCAAAAUGUUGAAGUAUUUCUUGAACCAUUAUACAUUAUGAUUAGAAUAAGAAGCUUCUUUAAAGGGAUAUAAAGUGGCAUCCUCCAAGUCUGCCAAAAUAUAUGAUGAAUUUAAUAGUCUCGAGCCCUGCGCUUUUUUUGCAUGUACCUUUACAGUAUAAGCCUGUUUUUGCCAAAGCCUGGAGCUUGAGCCUUACUGGCUGAUUUGUGCAUGCACAAGCUUUUGGUAAUAGCUCACCUGAUUAUAGACACAGUCCAAAUCAGAGUAUAACUGGCCUGCGUGACUGUUUCUGGACAGUGACUUUUGUGAACUUUAAACUGUACAAAAUCGUAUAAUCCCAGUGUUAUAUGGACGGCAUGAUAUUUUUAGAUGAUAUGCAGUACCUUUUGGCAUCCUGUAGGUUGUCUUAAUGCUUUGUUCAAGUAUUCAGGCUCGUACCCUUGCUGGAUGAGUGGAAUGAGGUCAGCAGUUGUGUGUGAUGCUCCGUUGUGGGUUAAGUGUUGCGUUAUUGACUGUGCAACAAAGGAAGAAUAUUUGGAACUGGGGCAGGUUUUCACUUCACCCCAACACAGAAUUUGCUGCAUUACUAAAACACUGAAUGUCUCCAUUUGUGGAAAAGGAAGCUCAGUUAUUUCUAAGACUCAUUAAAUCAGUCUACACACCAUCAGAAUCAACAUAGGCCUGAAGUGGAUGUGUAAUUAUAUGUUAAUCAUUUGUAAAUGAUAAUAACUGGUUUUGACAGUUAAUUUAAGUGUAGCUUCUCUCUAAGUUACAAUACUAAUCUACAGUUUUGGCAUUUGUUCCUUGAUAUCGGUGAUCAUUCCUAAUUGGACCGUGCUUGCAAACCCUCCCGACAUGUUUCUUUAUGUGUUAAUGUUCUGGAUGCCGUUAGGUGUUUCAAAAAAAAAAAGGCAUUGUGCUAGUGUUUGACCAGCAACAGCAUGUCUCCUAUUCAGCCGUUUUCCGAUGGAUGCUCUCGAGGCGUACCAUACUGUAGAUGUCUUAACUCUGUGGAUACAGUCUGAAACUCAGUGCCCUGUUGAGAAAACAAAUGAAGGAGAAAAUGUGAUUUAUGCCACUGUUUUCCUCCUUGUGAUCCUAUUUUGCAUAAUGUUAUUGUGCUGCGGGAUUUUUAUGGGGAGUCAGUGAAAAGCCUUGUUACUGUACCAACUGAAACUGCUCCGUGUGUUUAAAAAAUGCUGCUUUAACUGCUUUGAUAAAGAAAUAAAUCUCCUUCCAGUA